AUGAACAUCCGAGCUGAAACACCUCCUCGGGUACAUAUAAAUCUCCAACGGGGCUGGCCAUCAACCCGCCUUCUUCCCACACAAGCGCUGCUCGCUGCGGCGGAUGCGACUCUCCAAAACACCACUCGUGCAAGCGAGUCCAUGUUAUAUGGGCCGGGACUCGGGGAUCCUGCUUUACGAAAUGGCAUGACAAAAUGGCUCUCGCAGCUUUACCGCUUACGAUCCCCGCCGGUCACUCAAUGUCCUCCCACGAACGCCAAGGGCGGAGUUCAAGAAUAUCACGCAGAAUCUAUCUCAUCAGAGAGGAUAUGCAUUACGAAUGGUGCAUCCGGCAAUCUCGCCUCUGUAAUGGCCGCAUUCACAGAUCCGGUCUAUACGCGCCGAGUAUGGAUGGUCGAGCCGACAUAUUUCUUGGCGUGCACGAUCUUCGAAGACGCGGGUUUCCAAGAUCGUUUAGUCGGAGUCCCUGAAGAUGAACAAGGUCUGGACGUUGAGCUUCUGAGAGCUCAAAUCGAGGUCGUGGACCAGCAGGAAUAUGCCAAUACUUCACCCUCCAAACAGACGGAAAAUCUCAAAGGACCACCGCAAUAUGAAAAGCUAUAUCGACACGUUAUCUAUCUUGUUCCAACAUUCAGCAAUCCAAGUGCCAAGACAUACACUAUUAAGCGGCGGGAAGCUCUGAUUCGUCUCGCUCGCGAAACUGACGCUUUGGUAGUCACCGAUGAUUGUUACGAUUUUCUAUCAUGGACAGUCAACUCUGAAGCUCGGGGUAAUGGGGAGAUAUGUAGUGUCAAACCCCACGACCAAGACCCAGAGUGUUCAUCAUUACCGCCUCCCCCGCCACCGAGGAUGGUCGAUAUUGAUGCUUCUUUACCGGGAGGCGAUCUCGAGUGGGGUAAUGCUGUUAGCAAUGGAUCAUUCUCCAAGGUAAUUGGGCCUGGAAUGCGGUGCGGGUGGGCCGAAGCCACACCGGCAUUUAUCAAGCGAUUGAACAAGACAGGGCCAACUCUGUCUGGCGGAGCGCCAGGUCAAUUUUCAUCCGUAUUGAUCGAACACGUCUUAAGCACCGGAGCUCUAGAGUAUCACAUCCAGAACAUUCUCGCUCCAACGUAUCGAGACCGGUCUGUCGCUUUACAAAACGCGAUCGAAGAGUUACUAGUGCCGCUUGGAGUUGAGAUUGACAUUGGCCGACCGUUCAAAUAUUCAAGUUGUCAGGCAGGGUCGAAAAGUCCUGAGAAGCUCUCUGGGGGUUUCUUUCUUUACAUUACUUUUCCCGAAGGCGUGUCUGCAGACAUAGUUGCUGCAGUGGCACUUAAAGAGUAUAACCUGAGAUUCCUGUCUGCUGGGGCGAUGUGGGUUCGUGGUAGUAUGUUGAAGUACGACAAGAAGCUUUUGGAGAGAGGUGCUAGACUGUGCUGGGCGUGGGAGGAGGCUGAGGUACUUGUGGAAGGAGUGGGAAGAAUAAGAGACGUUCUCGUUGAUCAUCUGUUGCGGGGAAAUGGUGUUUCUCAAUUCUGA